UGUAAAGAGUCAUGUGGCGCUGUGUGAGUCACUUCCUUCUUGAGAGCGAGUUGCAGUGCGGUUGCGAAAGAAGGAAAGAGUGUAAUGCAUUGUCACUGAGCUGUCCUGCUGUGCUGAGAGAGAGACAGAGACAGAGAAGGAAGACAGGCCUGCAAGAAUCCUGCUGAGUCAGCUCAUCCUUGUUAACCAAGUGAUAAAGGGCGCCGCUAAGACUGAAUCAACACAGCCAUGCCUGCAUUGAAAGCAGAGGAGCCUGGGCAGGAGGAGACCGUGCAGAACGGGGGUGACGUUGUGUAUGAGAAGGAGCACGAUGACGGCGUCAGCCCCAGUGAUCUGUCCGAGCUGCUGAAGGCAGGGACUGUGGAGGCUCACGACAAGGCUGAGAACACGCAGUUUGUCAAGGACUUCCUGAAAGGCCACAUCAGGAAGGAGCUCUUUAAGCUGGGGACAGUGGCCCUGUACUUCACAUACUCGGCCCUGGAGGAGGAGAUGGAUGGGAACAGGGAUCAGCCCCAGUUCGCCCCGCUAUACUUCCCAGAGGAGCUGCACAGGCGGGAGGCGCUGGCCAAAGACCUGGAGUUCUUCUACGGAGAGAACUGGCAGGCGGUGGUGCAGCUCUCAGAAGCCACGCGGAAAUACGUGGAUCGAAUCCAUGAGGUGGGGCGCAGCGAGCCGGAGCUGCUGGUGGCCCACGCCUACACCCGCUACAUGGGGGACCUGUCCGGGGGCCAGGUGCUAAAGAAGGUGGCCCAGCGGGCCCUGAAGCUGCCCAGCACCGGAGAGGGGGUCCAGUUCUACACCUUCGACAACAUCAGCAAUGCCAAGGAGUUCAAGCAGCUGUACCGCAGCAGGAUGAACGACCUGGACCUCGACCAGGAGACCAAGCACAGGAUCGUGGAGGAGGCCAACCGCGCCUUCGGCUUCAACAUGGAGAUUUUCAACGAGCUAGAAAGAGUUGGGAAGACUAUAAAGGACGAGGUGCUGGAUGGGGGUCUGCCAGAGUACGAUGGGAAAGGAGACCUCAGUAAAUGCCCCUACUACGCUGCAAAAACAGCUGCUGGUGGUGGCUCUGCCUGCGUCUGCCACUUGGCCAUGGCAGUCCUGAGACACCCCACCGGGCAGGUCGUAAUGUCUGCCUGCAUUGCCCUGCUAGCAGGCGUUGCUGCUUGGUACAUGAUGUGAUUGGUAGGCUCGACUGGAAGGCGUGGCCUAAAGACUGGGUUCUGCAACCAUACCCUUCGUCCAUCCCUCCUGACCCAGUGCUCUGUUUUAACCCUUCCUGAGUCACAGUAGAUGGGAAUGUGGUGCUGAAAAUGAGCUGCUUAUCCCGAGUCCUUUCUCUUUGAAUUUCUUCUUUUAAAUCUGCAAUUAUUUUAAUCGUCGCUGGUACAGAUAAAUUCACUGAAGUUCUUUCUUUUUUUUAAUGGGUUGUAGUUUGGAGUGUACUGUACUGGAAUAGUCUGUUUGUUCAGCUAAUAUUUAGAUUGUGUAUUUACUAUUUAGUGACUGAUUUGUAGCCUGUGGCAUCCAGAGUGUUUUCGUUUUUUGUUGAUUCCUUCUGUGGGCAUGGGAUUGUUGUAUCAGAUUUCAAGUCGUUCCUUGAAAUACUGAACCCCAGUUACACAGACACAUAACCUCACUGGACUAACGACAACAGGAGGGGUCUAGGGCUACAGUCAUUGUGCAACACAUUUCAAAAUAGUUUCAUUAUUACAGGACUGUUGUAAGACAUGACGGAAUUCUAUGCAUCUUGAUUUCACCAUUUAUAUAUCUGUAGCAGCGCAACACCGCAAGAGAGCGUCCUAACCACUGUGCAAGAGAGCCAGGCUCGCGGGUAUAGAGCUGUUAACCUCAUCUCACGGACAGGUGGCGGAAUCCAGAACGGCAGAGCAUCACACAACGCUGCCUGUUACACAUCAACCAAAUCUUGCUGCUGUUUAUUUUCUAAUGCACCUAGACCACUUCAGAUAUAAACUCCUCUCACUGUUUUGAGAGCAGAAGAUUUUAAGAUUUGUACUUUUAUCUAAAUUGCGCGAGAUUGAUUUUGGCACAGGAAUCUUGCAACCAGCUCUUCGGAAUGUAGUUUGACCUGGCAUUCCUGUCAGUGAACAACUGCGUAGCCAUUGGAGGUUAGUUAAUGUCUAAUCCAACCAGGACAGGCAGCACAAACACACACACACACAUACUGUAACUGAAACCAGGUCCCUGUGACCUUAGAAUAGGAACCGGCGUCCUUUAUAGGGAACUUGUUUAAAGCUGCAACUCUUGGUAGGGGGAAAAAAUUAACUAAAAACCUCAGUUGAACGGAUGUAGUUUUGUUUGUGUUAAACGAUUUUAAUGGAAACUCUUUACUGUCUCUAUUGUUCAGCAAUGACUGCUGGUGGCACUCGCACUUUGCUUCCUAUGCGGUGUCUGCAGUCGUUUAAGAUUAGCAUUACAGCACAUGUCCGUAAUGUGCCAUGUGCUAUUAACUCUACCUAGAUCUUACUACAUAUGCAAUUUUUGCAAGUUUGUUUUCAUCUAACCUGUGGAAGAUAUGUGCAGUGUAAUUCAGCGCACCUUUUCCAUUUGGCUUAUGUAACAAAGCUUUUGUUUCUUAUGUGCAAAUUGUUAAUAGGCCAGUUUUUGACCUGCAGAUAUGCAGUGCUUUGCUUGUGCAUGCCAGUGGGCAGCCGCUAUGAUUGAGUGUGCUUUGCCACUAGAUUCUCCCUGUGCCUCUGUGUACGCACCUUCUAUUACUCCAUAGUGUUGUCAGCCACUCGUUUUCAUUUCGGUUUGUCACUGGGUUAAGACAUUUGCCUGUGUCUCUGUGACACACAUGGAUUUGAACCCACAGAGCCAGUUUGGUUGCGCUGGUAUUGAGACAGACUGUCUAAGUGAGCGAAGCAACUGGUAGGAAUUUAAAUACCCAUUUCUCUGCUACAUUUCCCAGCUGCUGGGAUUCAGGUGGCGAUAGGAUAUAGGCAGGUAUAGGGAUACAGGGGACCUGACGAGAAGUGAGAAUGCCAUUAUAACCCAAGCAGAAUCAAAGCACAUAAGGACAGCUGGGCUGAAAUUGGAAGCUAUCAAUAAGAUUCUUGUCUGAUUAACAGCACU